GUUUUGUAUAGUUUCUAAACUAAAGUGUCAACGGUUUCAUUUUAUCCAAAUUCACCCGUUUCAAUUUAAAUUUAUCAUCCAAAAAGAUACCACAAAGGCAUCAAAAUGUGCGAAUUGGAGCCGAUCCAACGACCGCCGGAUCUAUCAUGCAAAUUGAUCAAACCCAUGUGCUUGUCUUUGUUCGAUAGAUUGGCCUGGCCCAAGGCGGAGCGCGUCUUGGCCGUGUACAAAUGCCAUGCCUACCACAUGACCAGACCGCGAGUGGAACUGAUAAAGUCCAGAUUACAAGAGCUGUACGCGAUGACGGCCGAGGAGACGGAGGCCUACUUCCUCAUGAACUUGGAGAAGCAGCGCCAGCUGCAGAAGCGCCGCGAGCUGAAGAAGAAGAUGAAAAUGGCGUUUUUGAAGAAGCGAAAGCAACAGCAAGUCGAUUGCGCUUAUAAAUUCCUGAAACGGCUGUUGGUGAUGGGCAUGAGAUUCGCCGCGAAAAAUCCCGUUCCUCCGUUGUUGUGCGUCAGAUUGAGGAUUCUAUCCGAUGUUAUUUUAGAGCAACUUUGCGAUUUGCGCGGCAUCAGCCAGCCGUCCAGGGAAGAUCCGGAUAAAUGCGGUUUGUUUAUGAUCACCAUAGCAGAUUGGUUCGCAAUCGCUGUGGAAGUGAUCUACUACAUCGUGCAGCACAAGAAGAACGUGGAGCUGGACGAUAUCUUCAAAAGGUUCGCCAUGGAAGCCGCGGAUUGCUCCAAAUCGGAAUUCCUGCUCCAAACCACAGAUCCUCAAAUAGAUUUCGAAUGCCCGCCUUGAUUUGUAUCGAGCAAAUAAAGAUUUUGAAUCGUG